AUGUCAAACCCAGCAGUAGACAUAGCCUCCACCAUCCAAUCCGCCUCCAUAAAACACAACCCUGAUCCCGCCCACGAUCUCAACCCUUCGACCGCGGCCUCCACCAAACGCCCCGUUUCCCCCACAACCUCCAUCGCCAGCUCCGAAAACAGCAUCCCCUCCUCCGCAGUCAAACCAGUCCCUCGCCGCACAAAUCUCCCUCCUCUCCCGGACCUCCGUUUCGAACAGAGCUACUUGGCAAGUUUACACGGGGUGGAUACUUGGUAUGGAAUUGCGUGGAUAACAGGAAGGGACCAGGUCCUGUUGCCGCUUGUCCAGGGGACGUUGUGGACGCUGGCGUUGAGUGGCUGGAGGCACUGGAACAGAGGCGCUUCGUUCAGUGGGCGGAACCUGGGGGGUAAGGUCAGACGAUGGUGGUGGGGGGUAAAUAACUGGAGCAUUCCGAGUAUUCCAGAGGAUGAAGUCAAGGGAUGA